CAUCAUCGACGCAAAGGUCAGAAUCUCACAGCAGCUCUGCUCUUCCACGUCCCCGUCAACACCCGCACCUGGUCCAAUCCCACAAGCCAUUGAGCUUCCGCCUCGACACCAACUCCCAGACACCACCACCCCCGCGACCACCACCGCAAACCACCGCCAACAUGUCCGACGACGAGCGCGUUACCAAGCCCUUCAAGUUCGUCACUGGUGUCGACGCCCGUUUCCCCAACGUCAACCAGACCAAGCACUGCUGGCAAAACUACGUUGAUUACCACAAGUGCAUUCUCGCCAAGGGCGAGGACUUCGCUCCCUGCCGCCAGUUCUGGCUCGCCUACCGCUCUCUCUGCCCCAGCGGCUGGUACCAGAGAUGGGACGAGCAGCGUGAGGCUGGCAACUUCCCCGUCAAGCUGGAGUAAAUACCCCUGAAAUGCUUGUAUGACGCGACACAGAUUGGUGGGUGGAUGAUGACAAAAGUCAACCACCUAUCAGGACUCACUUCACCCUACAUCAAACCUAGUUGUAUUAGAAAGCUCUUGGUAGUAUUGGCGAAUGCACAUAGAGAGUAUGUUGGGGUUGGCGCAACGAAGAUUUCCCGUUGCAUCUUGCUGAAGUGAUGUUAUCGAAAUGAAAAAAAUGAAUCAGAUCAGCGCUCCUUCAUUGAACUGAAUUCAGUAUUUCACUAGGCUUUGUAUGAUGUGGCCUAGAUGUAUAGUAUGUGGUAUCAUGAAAACCCCCUUUGUCCC